UAAUUUUUUUGGCAAAGAAGUCUCCGUCUUCUUUCGGAUGGAUGGCCGAAACUUUGGGCGAGUCGUAGCUGAAAAAUUCUACCCCGUUUAAUUUUAGGCAUAUGCCGUAGGAGCUGAUUUUUCACGUAGGCGACUGAAGUAGUGCUUUCUUGGCUGUUGGAGCUUCAAGCUCCCGACAACUUCCACCAUGCCGCGAAUUAUGAUAAAAGGUGGUGUGUGGAGGAACACAGAGGAUGAGAUCUUGAAAGCGUCUGUAAUGAAAUAUGGCAAGAACCAGUGGUCUCGUAUUGCAUCGUUGCUUCAUCGCAAGUCUGCCAAGCAGUGCAAGGCCAGAUGGUAUGAAUGGCUAGAUCCAAGUAUCAAGAAGACGGAAUGGAGUCGUGAGGAGGAGGAGAAGCUGCUUCAUCUGGCCAAGUUAAUGCCAUGCCAAUGGAGGACCAUCGCUCCCAUCAUUGGCCGAACGGCCGCACAGUGUCUGGAGCACUACGAAAUGCUUCUAGAUCGGGCACAGCAGAAAGAAGGCGAUGGCGACAUCGAAGACUCCCGGCGACUGCGCCCGGGUGAAAUCGAUCCCCACCCGGAGACGAAGCCAGCCAGACCCGACCCGAUCGACAUGGACGAAGACGAAUUAGAGAUGUUGUCUGAAGCCCGUGCCCGUCUUGCCAACACACAGGGAAAGAAAGCUAAGCGCAAGGCUCGCGAAAAGCAGCUGGAGGAAGCACGACGAUUGGCAACAUUGCAGAAGCGUCGUGAGCUGCGGGCAGCAGGCAUCGCCGCUCGCAAGUUCCAGAAGAAGAAGAAGCGUGGCGUGGACUACAACGCCGAGAUUCCGUUCCGCAAGGAGCCAGUCGAAGGCUUCCACGACACCAGCACAGAGCACUUUGACGCGGUUGAGCCCGACUUCAAGCGUCUGCGGCAGCAUCACCUGGACGAGAAUCGGCGCGACGAGGAAGAACAGCGUGAUCGUCAGAAGGACAAGGAGCGCGAGAAGAAGAAGAAAGAGUCUGACGCGCUCAGCCACGUCAUGCAGCUCAACAAGAUGCACAACCCGGAGCCCGUCAAGAAGCGCAGCAAGCUGGUGCUGCCCACACCGCAGAUCUCUGAUCAAGAGCUGUCCGAGGUUGUCAAGCUAGGGUUUGCCAGUGAGAAUGCACGCGCUCUGACCGAGGAUGGCGAUGCAUCGUCGCAAGCUUUACUCGCCGACUACUCGGUCACGCCGAGUACGCUCACACAGCUGAAAACACCGCAGGUCUCGCUCCAAGACAGCAUCCGGCAGACUGGGUACAUGGCACAUUUAGGUACACCGCAGGUCGGUUCUGUUCAAGACUCCAUUAGACAGGCUGGCGAGACACCGCAAGCUUCACUACAGGACAGUGUCAAGCAGCCGGAGAUCCGAGAACAGCUUCGAGCCGGUCUGGCCAGCCUUCCCAAGCCAAGCAACGACUUUGAGAUCGUCAUGCCUCAGGUGCCGGAGGAGGUUGGUGAUAAAAGAUUACCAGAGGAUUAUGUGGAAGACGCUGCCGAAGUGGAUGAGCGGGCGUUGGCUAAACGCAGGGCUGAAGAGGAGGCAGAGCGUCGGUUAUGGUCGCAGGCCGUCCAGCGCGAUCUGCCCAGACCCAGCGGUGUGAACACGUCUAUCCUACGACCACCGGAGCUGCAGCUCAACGAACUGCAACAGGCGGAAGAACUGAUCAAGCGCGAGUAUCUGAUCACCCUACGUCACGACUCCGUCCACCACCCCGUCCUAAAGGACAAGGCUAAGGCAACGGCCAUUGCCAACGCUCGCAAGGAGAACGAGCUGGCGCUCACUGCAAACCCGCUGCAGCCAGUGUCCGAGGAGGACCUCAAAAAGGCAAGGGAGCUGUUGAAAGAGGAAGAAUCGCUUGUUCGUCAGUCGAUGGGUCACGGGGAGCUGACUCUGGAUACGUACACUCAAGUCUGGGAAGAAUGCUACAAGCAGGUCCUAUAUAUCCCCGGCCAGAAUCGCUAUACUCGCGCAUCGCUGGCCAGCAAGAAGGAACGACUUGAAGCCCUGGAGAAGCGUCUUGAGAGCAAUCGUCAAGCCAUGCAGCGGCAAGCCAAGGCGGCCAGCAAGCUGGAGAAGAAACUCAAAGUCCUGGCCGGUGGUUAUCAGUCUCGAACACAAGGCAUCCUGAAGCAGAUGAGCGAGACGCAAGAUCAGGUCGAGGCCACGCUGAUCGAACUGAAGACGUUCGAGGCGCUGCGCAUGCAGGAGCUCCAGGCCAUACCGAAACGACUUGGGACCCUCAAGGAAGAGGUGACGCAGCAGCGCGAGCGCGAGAUGGACCUGCAGCGUCGCUACGGCGACCUGCUCCUGGAACGCGACUCAUUGCUACGGGCGACCGGCGCAGCGACGGCAUAGUUGCCACGCCGACUAGCAACAAGCAUGCCAACGCCCGCCGCGCACCUGUCCUUGUGUGUGCACUUGUGCAAUCAGAACGAUUCCUAUCUUAUUGGUACGACCAGUGGAAGAACGGAUGCAUCCGUGUGUUGAGUGUUGUCUGCAUCGCGUGCCCGUCGCCUUCAGUAGUGGUUGUUCAUACCGUUGCUGUUGUGUCUGUGCUCUGCGUUUGUUCGCAAACUCCGUGUGGUGUAUUGUGUUGUCGUGGCCGGCCGUGCUUGCCCGUGCCCCGAAGAAAAGCCCUCCGAUGUUAUCGCAGCGCAAGGAGUGCAAACUAGUAGGACAUCCCAGGGCCCCGGCUCUGCCCUCACUGGACGGGGUUUCGUCUAAAUUUGGCAAUUUGGUCUAAAUUUGACCCUCGCUUGUGUGUUUUUGAUAGCAUGUUUGAAGAGGUGUGUUUUACACAAUCUUUUCAUUCUGCUACCCGUUGGUUGCCUUUCCUGUCGUUGCUACUGUUCUUAGUUCUGCGGUGGUGGUGUUUUUUCUACACAAAUCUCUGUGAGUGCGUUGUGUGAAUUGAAUUCCGCUGGUUUUGUUGUGUACCACCCGCUCGCCCUUAAUUGUGAACUUGUACGUUGACUUUGCUGCGAGUACUAGUACUGCGGUGUUUGCAUGUGCUGGGCUGGCAGUAUACAUAGGCCGCCAUGUCCAGCCACCACCGAUCCCACCCCUUCUUUCCAUGUACACUUAUGCUCUGCAGACGCUGCCUCCCGUGCAUGCGUGCUGUGCAAUCUAUUAUGCAGUAUGGUAGUUGUUGUGGCUGGCCGCACCUCUACCGCCCCGCUCUCUCUCUCUCUCUCUCUCUCUCUCUCUCUCUCUCUCUCUCUCUCUCUCUCUCUCUCUCUCUCUCUCUCUCUCUCUCUCUCUCUCUCUCUCCCCCCCCCCCCCCCCUCCUCCUCUGUUGCAGUUACGGAUGGUACACCAUGACUUCUCUCUGUGACUGCACGUGUAAAUAGCAAGCUCUCUCUUUUCGUAACACAUCGUCAACAUUGCAUAUAAGGAAUCUCCUUGAUACAUUCUACUUGUGUGAAGCAUA